AUGCACGAAAUAUCAAAUGGCUCCGCAACAAUACCACGAGGUUUCAGGUUUCGAUAUCAAGAAGGUUUCUCUACUCCGGAACCAACAUUUACAAAUGAGGAGCAAAAGAUUUCCCCACCAAGACAUCGUCUUAAGAUUAGGCGGCGGAUUGUAUCAAGUCGAAAUGCGCCAACAGAUAACUUCCUAGCUUCAGUCAGGAAUGCAGAACCUCCUUUACCUAUGAAUGAAAUACCACAAAAAUCAGAUGACCCCGAAAUGAUGGAUCAAAGAGCAGAAACAGACCCUAGAAAAUUAGCUCCAGGUAUAAUUAAGUCACCACCAAAGACGCCAGUAAUUUCAUUGUCGAUAGAUGCAGUUAAGUCAAAGCCAGACUGGAAUAUGGACUCCAUCCAAACUGGUCUCAUUCAUCGACCGCUAUCUGCACUAUCAAGUGAUUCAGAUAUCUCCUCCGACUCCCUCGAUAGCCUUCGCCCAUCCGGGCGGCUAUCUGAAGAUGAAAGUUGCACAAGCCCAGAAUCAGAUGGAUCAGAUCCUUUUCAAUUCCCAGUUACCAAUGUUAAAGUCAAAAAAAUAGAUAGCGACGAAUGGAAGAGCAAGACGAGUACACCAAGUAGGCUCAAUACAACGCUUCGAAUCAAGGGGCGAAAAGAUGCACCAUGGUCAAAGGCUCAAACUGCACACUUAUGGGCCACAUACCUCAUUUACCUUCAAGACCCAACUCUGACACCAAUACGCAUUGGAGCAUGCCACGUUCCUCCGGAGGGCGUGUGCCAUAGAGUAGCGAGAGAAGCAAAAAGGAGCUGGAGAGGCCCCAAGUUAACCCAACCCUCUGCUCAGUCAACUAAAGUAUCCUCCCAAGAAAGUGGUGAAAUCACCAUGACUAGUGAAAAUACUUCUCGAACAUAUGCGCAAUGGCCUCACUCUAGUUGUGCUACGCGGAGUAAGCUGAGGAAUAUAUGUAGGCAUCAAAACUGCAGCUCUUUAUACAGACGUCACAAUUUUUUACAAUCGAGAAACUCAACACCAUUCUCCAAGCGAGAUUCCUUUCACGUACAUGAAAGAUUCGCUUCGGACUCCUUUUCUGACGGUAUUAGCACCCAUGAUAUGUCAAUUUCACUUAGUCAGAGUAUCUCUACGAGUAUGCAGCCCAAUGGACCUUUGGCAAACCUCUCUAGAAAUGCUCUAAUUAAAAAUGAACUUUUGCCCACGAACAAUUCUUUAAAAGAUCAUAACGAGUCUCAAGGUAAAAUGUCUUGUCGAGCUCCUACACUAGGCUCUCCAUUUUCUUGUAGUUACGGGCCAGGCUCCUCUGAAACAGGCCGCAGGCCAGGCCUCUAUCAGUCAAGUAAUUUAGGCUCACCACUUCACUUCGAUCAAACACGAUCUCUUAGCGGGACUCAAAAGCGACGCGCUCAACAUGCCCUCCAAGAAGAUCUUGACAGCGCCCCGGCCGUCAUGGAACCUAAAAUACUUAGCCGGCGUUUUGAAAACUCCCUCAUCCAGUCACGCCGUGUGCGAACUCGCGGAUUCAGCCUUGGUGACGAAACAAUCGCUACUCAUGCACUUCACUCGGCACUUGACUCUACACCAUCACAGUUUGGCACAUCUCAGAUUAAUGAAAUCGAAACAUUCCAGACCACAAGUCGUGAUCCUCCUCGACUUGGAUCUCCAUUCUCUGAAUCCGGAAUGAAUAAUACAUUCCCACGCAGACUUUUUUCUGACGCCACUUCUAUUGUACGCAAUCCAUCAUUUGUAACUCCACAUCACAAACGACAAUCAAUUGAAUCUUUAUUCGAGCGAGAACGCCGAAGCUUGCUAAGCCAACUAGAUUUCCUUAAUGGGAGAUUGAAACAAAUCCGAGAGAAAGACGACGAAUGUAGAAUAUGA